GUUUGGCGGGGGCGGCGUGAGCGUGAGAAUGGAGGAAGAGGAAGAUGAAGUGGGUUGGUGUUCUUCUGAUUCGGGCGACGGCGACGGCGACGACGAUAUCGAAGAACGGAAAUCUCAGAAUGUGGAUGCCUUGCUCAGGGGCAACCUCGUGGUGAAGAGACAAUCGUUGCUACCGCGACUUCUAUCAGUAUCGCAAGGAGCGGCUGUUUGUAGAAAGCCCUUCAAACCUCCAUGCUCUAAAUCUCAUGCUUCCGCUUCCGCUUACAAUCAAGACCUUACUCGUAAGCUUUCCGCUCGCAAAAGGUUUGUUCCCUGGGGUUCUUCCUCUCCUAUUCCUAUUCCUAUUCCUAGAUCUGCCUUAGACGACUCCAAAUUCAAUGUUGCUGUUGCUGUUGCUGAUGUUGCCGAGGAGCUCAAGCCCUCUUUGCCUCCCGGGAUUGAUCCUCUCGUAUUGUGGCACCCUCAAGACUCCGAGGAUGCUAAUGCUAAUUUUACCACCAUAACAGUUGAUCCGUUGCUUGUUCGUUACCUUCGUCCACAUCAGAGAGAAGGGGUUCAGUUCAUGUUUGAUUGUGUCUCAGGCCUGUCUACCACACCAAAUAUACACGGAUGCAUUUUGGCAGAUGAUAUGGGUUUGGGGAAGACAUUGCAGUCCAUCACAUUACUAUAUACUCUACUUUCUCAAGGGUUUGAUGGCAAACCAAUGGUUCGAAAGGCCAUCAUUGUGACUCCUACCAGCCUUGUCAGCAAUUGGGAAGCUGAAAUCAAAAAGUGGGUUGGAGAAAGAGUUCCUCUUGUUGCUUUAUGUGAAAGCACAAGGGAAGAUGUCAUCUCCGGGAUUGACAAUUUUACAAGUCCCAAAAGCAAUUUACAGGUGCUCAUUGUUUCAUAUGAGACAUUUCGAAUGCAUUCGUCAAAGUUUAGCUCUACUGACUCAUGUGACCUUCUCAUAUGUGAUGAGGCUCACAGACUGAAAAAUGAUCAGACGAUAACAAACCGGGCAUUGGCAGCUCUCCCCUGCAAACGUAGAAUUUUGUUGUCAGGAACUCCCUUGCAAAAUGACUUAGAAGAAUUCUUUGCAAUGGUUAACUUUACUAAUCCUGGAAUAUUGGGUGAUAUUGCACAUUUUCGACGUUACUAUGAGGCACCAAUUAUUUGUGGAAGAGAACCUGCUGCCACUGCGGAAGAGAAGAAGCUAGGUGCUGAACAGUCUGCUGAAUUAAGUGUCAAUGUUAACCGGUUCAUAUUAAGAAGGACUAAUGCAUUGUUAUCAAAUCACUUACCACCUAAGAUAGUUGAAGUUGUUUGCUGCAAGUUGACUCCACUGCAGUCAGAACUAUAUAAACAUUUUAUACAAUCCAAAAAUGUUAAGCGGGCAAUUACUGAAGAACUGAAGCAAUCAAAGAUUUUGGCCUACAUAACAGCUCUCAAAAAGUUGUGCAAUCAUCCAAAGCUUAUCUAUGAUACCAUACGAAGUGGGAGUCCAGGAACUUCAGGUUUUGAGGACUGUAUCCGAUUCUUCCCUCCUGAAAUGUUAUCUGGAAGGUCUGGCUCAUGGACGGGAGGGCAUGGAGCAUGGGUUGAGCUAUCAGGGAAAAUGCAUGUCUUAGCAAGAUUACUUGCUCAUUUACGUCAGAGAACAAAUGACCGCAUUGUCCUUGUCUCAAACUACACUCAGACUCUUGAUCUUUUUGCUCAAUUGUGUCGGGAACGAAGGUACCCUCACUUGAGGCUUGACGGCUCUACAUCAAUCAGUAAAAGGCAGAAGUUGGUCAACUGCUUUAAUGAUCCAUCCAAGGACGAAUUUGUUUUUCUCUUAAGCAGCAAGGCUGGUGGUUGUGGACUCAAUUUGAUUGGUGGAAAUCGACUUGUCUUGUUCGAUCCUGAUUGGAAUCCAGCAAAUGAUAAACAAGCUGCAGCAAGAGUAUGGAGGGAUGGACAGAAGAAAAGAGUUUAUAUUUAUAGAUUUUUGAGUGCCGGAACAAUAGAAGAAAAGGUCUACCAGCGUCAGAUGUCAAAAGAAGGGCUGCAAAAGGUCAUUCAGCAGGAGCAAACCGAUAGCCUUGUGGCACAGGGUAACUUGCUUUCAACAGAGAAUCUUCGUGAUUUGUUUACUUUUCAUGAGAACAUCAAGUCAGAGAUUCAUGAAAACAUGCAAUGCAGUCGGUGUCAAACAUUUGAUGGCCCUCGAAGCACUGAAGCCCAGUCAACAAUAACAGAUAGUGAAUCUGAUGAAGAAACCUCUGAUAUUGGUGGAUUUGCAGAAAUUGCUGGCUGCUUACAGAAUUUAAAAAGAUCAGAAAAGCAGGUAGGGAGCCCAUUGGAAGAGGAUUUAGGAAGUUGGGGCCAUCAUUUUUUCCCAACUUCUGUACCAGAUGCUAUACUUCAGGCUUCAGCCGGUGAUGAGGUGACUUUUGUCUUCACAAACCAAGUUAACGGACGACUGGUACCCGUUGAAUCUAUUAUGAGUCCCAAGCUACAGCAAAAGGAUCCAAAAAAGGAAUUACUCAAGUCAAAGCAGAACGGUAAACAAAAGCCCACUCCUUUUUCUUUACAUAACAGACUACCAUUGCAGUCUGCUUCUGUCGGGAUUACUAAAAACAUCUCCAUGAAUGUGGCAUUUAAGCCCCAGUACUCUCUUGUAAGUAAAGUAUUGCCACAGAAAAGAUCAUGUCCUGCUAAUAUCAAUGAUGAUAAUUGAGUAAUAUUUUAUGUUUUCACCUCGUCUA